UACAAUUGUCACUAACCCGUCUCCCCAAAUUGCAUUGCUUCAAUCAUGCGUUGCUUAAGGAAAAAACCAGUGUUAGGCAACAGCAGUCACUUGGCAGUGUUAUCAAGAUGGCAAUAAGACUGGCUGUGCUAAAAAGCUCCGGGAUUAAAUCAGGAUGCGCCUUAUCCUUCAUGCGGUUGGCCCACGUCGCAGCCCUUCCUGCGCCGAUGAACUCAAUUAUCAGUUCUCCUAUUGUAUCUCCACCUUUGGUUUUACCAGAUAUCUUGGAAGGAAAAAACAGCAGCGGUUUCGGAUUCCCAAGUUUCUCAUUUGGCGGAUCCAUGGAACUUAUGGCUGUCCCCAAAAAGAAGGUUUCUCCCCACAAGAAAGGCAUAAGAAAUGGACCAAAAGCUUUGAAGCCUGUUCCAGUGAUUAUUCGGUGCAGGAGCUGCGGUCGAGUGAAGUUGCCACACUUCUUUUGUUGCAGUGGAGAGAGGCGGAAGGAAGAGUGAUGGAUUAAACGAUUAUGCUAGCUGCUUCUUUGCAAUGAAGCUCCAAACAUGGUUUUGAAAUAGGAAUCAACUAUAUUAUUUUUGGAAUUAUCUAUCUAAACUUUGCCAGAUUCUAAUAGUAGAAAUACUGAUUGCAUGAUGCAUUUCCUUUUUCAUUCUAUCUUAAUGAUUUCUUCAUUUAAAUGAGGUUCUCAGCACCCACAUUUUAUAAAUUAGCUUGGUGGAUAGGAUUUUUUUGUUUUUUAUAACAAUGUAAUUCUGCUACGGAUUCUUUACUCUGGGUGGUGAUGUUUAUUGCAGAGAUGGCAUUGAAGCCUUUGAAUGACAAAUUUACUGUGAAGAAGAGGUCAUUUUUUAAUUUAUUUGCUUGGAAAUCAUUGAGAGUCCUUGAAACUUGGAUAUUUACCAUUCAUAUAUUAGAUACUUUGGUUGUUUUGUAUUGAUUUUCUCAUUAACAGGUUGUAUUUGGUUGA